CUGACUUUAGUCACGUGUCUGUCAAACCCGAGUCAGUUGCAGUUAGACGUCAUUCUGUAGUUGGAAAGGAACUAGGCAGCUAGCUUGCUAACUAGCUUAUUACCAGGAAGAAAAAAAGUGCACUACGACUAACGGCUUUUUGAAUUAGUAGUAAAUAUCAAGUUUUCGAGUGGUCGAUAUACUAGCAUGGGAUGAUAUGGAAUUUACCUACCCCAGCUGGCUAGCUAGCUAACGUUAGCGUUUUCUUUGCUCCAGCCAGUCAGCUAGCUUCCAAGGCAUUUAGUGUUUGACUGUUCUUUGGGUGUCAUGACUUCAGCUGAUAAAACUGGAAUCUUUAUGUCGAGCAAUACAGAAAUGUUUUGAUCGGUUGGCGGGACAUGACAUUUAGGUGUGCCUUGCUACGUUGCGGCAAAGUGAGUGUUGUUGUCGAUAGCUAUCUGGCUAGCUAACGUUAGUAAAUAGCUAACUAACUUGAAAUCAGAGUUCCCAUCAUCCGGUUUGUUAAUUUAUCAGAACCUGACAACCGAGAAAUCUUCAUAAUGCAUGAUGCUUACGAACCGGUCCCUAUCUUGGAGAAACUGCCUCUCCAGAUUGACUGUCUUGCGGCCUGGGAUGACUGGCUGCUCGUUGGGACCAAACCAGGACACCUUCUCCUUUACAGGAUCAAAAAGGAUGCAGGCACCAACAGGUUUGAGGUGACUCUGGAGAAAUCUAACAAGAACUUCUCCAAGAAAAUCCAGCAGCUCUUUGUGGUGUCCCAGUACAAGAUUCUUGUCAGCCUCCUGGAGAACAACGUCCAUGUCCAUGACCUUCUGACCUUUCAGCAGAUAACAGUGGUCUCUAAGGCCAAAGGGGCAACACUCUUUGCCUGUGAUCUGCAGCAGUCCCCUUCAGGAGAGGCCAGUCUGAGGCUGUGUGUUGCGGUAAAGAAGAAGCUUCAGAUGUACUAUUGGAAGGACAGAGAGUUCUAUGAGCUUCAGGGGGAUUUUACUGCCCCAGACAUCCCCAAGUCCAUGGCCUGGUGCGAGAACUCUAUAUGCGUGGGCUUCAAGAGAGACUACUACCUGAUCCGAAUGGAUGGUCGUGGUUCCAUAAAGGAGUUGUUUCCCACCGGGAAGCAGUUGGAGCCGCUGGUGGCCCCGUUGGCUGAUGGGAAGGUGGCUGUGGGUCAGGAUGACCUCACGGUGGUCCUCAACGAGGAAGGUGUCUGCACUCAGAAGUGUGCCCUCAACUGGACCGACAUCCCAAUCGCUAUGGAGCACCAGCCCCCCUACAUCAUAGCUGUCCUGCCUCGCUAUGUAGAGAUCAGGACCUUUGAACCCAGGCUGCUAGUUCAGAGUGUGGAACUGCAGAGACCUCGUUUCAUCACAUCAGCUGGGCCCAACAUAGUGUACGUUGCCAGCAACCAUUUUGUAUGGCGCCUGGUACCGGUGUCCAUCGCCAGCCAGAUCCGACAGCUCCUACAGGACAAGCAGUUUGAACUGGCCCUGCAGCUGGCGAAGAUGAAAGAUGAUGCGGAGGGAGAUAAGAGGCAACAGAUUCACCACAUCCAGAAUCUCUACGCAUUCAAUCUUUUCUGUCAGAAGAGGUUUGAUGACUCCAUGCAAGUGUUCGCCAAGCUCGGCACAGACCCGACACACGUGAUUGGGCUGUACCCUGACCUGCUGCCCUCCGACUACCGCAAGCAGCUGCACUACCCAAACCCCCUGCCUGCCCUGUCUGGAGCAGAGCUGGAGAAGGCUCAUCUGGCUCUCAUAGACUACCUGACACAGAAACGCAGUCACCUGGUCAAGCAGCUGAAUGACUCGGACCCCUCCACCCCCUCCCCCCUCAUGGAAGGGACGCCCACCAUCAAGAGCCGAAAGAAACUGCUGCAGAUCAUUGACACCACACUGCUCAAGUGCUACCUGCACACCAAUGUGGCCCUGGUGUCCCCUCUGUUGCGUCUGGAGAAUAACCACUGUCACAUUGAGGAGAGCGAGUACGUCCUGAAGAAAGCCCACAAGUACAGCGAACUCAUCAUCCUCUACGAGAAGAAGGGCUUGCACCAGAAAGCCCUGCAGGUUCUGUUGGACCAGUCCACCAAGGCUAACUCCCCUCUGAAGGGCCAUGAGAGGACUGUGCAGUACCUCCAGAGACUGGGGAUGGAGAAUCUGGGCAUCAUCUUUGAGUUCUCUCCCUGGGUGCUGAAAAUGUGUCCUGAAGAUGGACUGAAGAUCUUCACAGAGGACCUGACUGAGGUGGAGACGUUGCCCCGGGACAAGGUUUUGAACUUCCUGAAGGAGGGCUUUAAGGAGCUCGCAAUCCCUUACCUGGAGCACAUCAUCCACGUCUGGGACGAGACCGGGCCGGAGUUCCACAACGUCCUCGUCCAGCUGUACCUGGAGAGAGUCCAGGGCCUCAUGAAGCAGUACCUCAACUCCCUUCCUGACGGGGUGCCAGCGGUGGCUGCUGGGAAGGAGGAGGGGGACCUGGGGGAGUUCCGGAACAAGCUGCUGUGCUUCCUGGAGGUUUCCACAAGUUAUGAACCGGGGCAGCUGAUCAGCGACUUCCCCUUCGAUGGUCUCUUGGAGGAGCGGGCGUUGCUGCUGGGACGGAUGGGGAAACAUGAACAGGCCCUCUUCAUCUAUGUACACAUCCUGCAGGACACACGGAUGGCAGAGGAGUAUUGCCACAGCCAUUACGACAAAGAGACCGAAGGAAACCGAGAUGUGUACCUGUCUCUACUGCGCAUGUACCUGUCCCCUCCUGACGUCCACUGCCUCGGACCAAUCAAAAUGGAGCUGUCCGAACCACAAGCCAAUCUAAAAGCAGCCCUGCAGGUUCUGGAGUUGCAUCACAGCAAGCUGAAUACCACCAAGGCCAUCAACCUGCUGCCAGCCAACACUCAGAUAAGAGAGAUCCGUGUGUUUCUGGAGAGUGUCCUGGAGGAGAAGGCCCAGAGGAAACGAUUUGACCAGGUCCUCAAGAGUCUACUGCAGGCUGAGUUCCUACGGGUCCAGGAGGAGCGGAUCUUCCACCAGCAAGUCAAGUGCAUCAUCACUGAGGAAAAGACUUGCAGGGUCUGUAAGAAGAAGAUCGGAAACAGUGCCUUUGCCAGGUAUCCUAAUGGUGUUGUAGUCCACUACUUCUGCUGCAAGGACCGAGGAGUGUGUCCUACGGAGCAGUGACACCUCUGUCCCCCACCCCGUUGGAUGCAAAGUAUUCUGGGAGACUAACAGAAUGUUCCCUGUGUACUCAAGUCAGAAUGGUACAGAAUAGUGCCCUCCUGUGGACUACAAAUCCCAAACUGCACUCUGGAGGAAAAGGCAGGAAGUGUUUUGUUUUAGUUUUUUUUCUUCCCGAAACACUCCUCUGCAGACGGUCUAUCGGGAAUCGGAAGACUGCCCCGUGUCCAGGACGCUCCUUUCCCCCUCCCUCUAUAUUACUCUAGCCCCCCCCAGCUCUCCCUGUUUGCAUGAGGUGGCAGGUGGAAUGAGAUGUGGUGGGGGAAGAUGCGUGGCCAAUUGUGUGAGAAGAUGUUAACAUUUAAGCAUGGAUCACUAAUGUAGCUACAAACUGCUCACACCUGCCGGAGAUAAAGAGCACCUCACGGUACGAGUGCGUUUCUGUUCUUGUCCUUGUUGUAUGUAACAUGUUGCCUGUGUGAGAAAACGGAAAACAAACACUGCUCUUGCUUUUUUUCCCUUUGCUGUUCUGUUUCUCCUCCUCGCCGCCGCCUCUGACUCAACACGCCAUGGUCUAACUUGACUUACCUGAUGCCUUGUGGGACUUUUAAGAAUGUAACUUAACGGCAGCCUGUUGCUUUACACUUUUUAUUGUUUCCAGUUAGCGUCUUUCUGAAAGCCAGACUCCACCGCUCGUCCAGUCUGCUCCAUGUGCUCCGACAACGGUUUUAUUUUUGUUCUUUUUGUAGUUCUGCUGCCUGCAUUAAGCCUGUUUUGGGAGUUUCAAAAUCCAUCUCUUUUUUUUUUUAUUGAUUCCUAUUUCUUCAUUUUGGAAACACUGCUUAUUGUUUAUUAACACCGAAGUAUGGCACUUUAAAAGGUUGCUCUUAAGUUAUGUCUUUAUUUAUUCUAAUGUGUUGGGACUGGAGGAAGAUGUAUUUGAGAAUGGAAUCAAGGAUGUGAUCGGCACACUAUUCCCUCUAUAGUGCACUACUUUUCACUAGGGUCCAUAGCACCCUAUUAACAGUGUAGUGCACUACUUUUCACUAGGGUCCAUAGCACCCUAUUCCCUAUAUUACUACUUUAGACCGGGGCCCCUGAGACAAAGUAGGUAAUGCACUGGAUAAGAAGUAAGUUGUGUAUCACAGAUUCUAGCAACAUUUUAAUCGGAUAGCUACAGCAUCAGCCGACGGUCCACCUGUUUGUUAGUCAGGUCUGCAGCUUGCUAUCUUCUCAACCUGACUGUUGUUAAUGAAAGUCUGUAGCUGACUACUGUCCUUGCCUUGGCAGUUGUUAACGGAGGUCUGUACCUAGCUCCCCUCUUAGCUGAAACUGUUAUGAAGGUCAGUAGCUUGCUACUAUCUUAGUCUAAGACUGUUGCAACAUCUCACUGUUGGAAGUUCAAAUCAUUGGUACCAUUAUGUAAAUAAUGAGUGAGUGAUAAUAAAGUGUUUAUUGUUAUUGCUAUUUCUUAUUCUACAGAGCAAAUCAACAGGUGUGUCUGUUGCUUGAAAUAAUAAACAUAUUUACACACA